GUUCGUUGAUAUAAGAUAUAGCUGCGAAGUGCUAUGCCUGUCAGCAUAAGUAAGGAAGGCAGCUUCCCAAACGGCCUGGGCACCUUGCCUUAUAUCGACGGAAAUAUAAAAGCGGUAAACUGACCACGACGAAAAGCUUCAGGUUUUCUUCUUUGCUGACAUCUUCGCACAAUGCCAAUCUCAUCCAGCAGACGAAUUCCGCUGAGCCCUGAAUCUUCAUUGAAUACCAGACGAGCUUCAACACCGUCGUCAGCCUCAUCCAACUCUGCCAUGAGUUCCGCUGGCACUAAAACGAUCUUCUCUGAACGUCUCCCAAAGUACGAAGUCAAGAGUAAGGUUGGAAGCAAAGACAAUAUCAGGCACAAGCCUCAAGGAGGAAAUAUCCAGAUACAUAAUGAGAUGCCCAAGUGGAAUGCCCAGGCCAAAAUCCCUACCAAAGCCGAAGCUAUUGCCGCCAAAGCUGCUGCUGCUGCUAAGAAGAAGGACGGAAUGUCUCCGCCGGACGCGAAAAGGCGUGUCACCAGCACCAAAUUGGACUUGAGUAAGGUAACAUCAAGAGUAGGCAGUUUGGAUAACGUUCGCAAAGUAUCCAGGGCGGGCGCCGAGGACAGCAAAAGCCCAACUUCCAGUCAAAUGAAUGGAUCCAAAAAACCAACCAGACCUGUUUCGCAAAAUGUCAUUCCCACUCAAAAGUACGUGCAAUAUCUAACUGUCCCCCCCCAAGCAAGCUUUAAUAGAUUGUUCUGCGCGACUAAUCAAUCCCUCUGGUGAAU